AUGCAGCUUCUUUUGAUCUUGGCUCUGUUGAGCCCAGUGGUUGAUCCUACACCAGGUAAAACUACAGAAGCUGCUUGUACAUUUCAGGGGAACUUUGAGCUGCCCGGAUUCCAUGCAGAUGGAGACAUUAUUAUUGGAGGACUGUUUCCCAUACAUACCCGGUUAGUGGUUCCUGAACUCAACUAUACCCACAAACCUGCAGCUUUAGGGUGCCAAGGUUUUAGCUCUAGAACAUUUCGUCAGGCCCAGACAAUGAGAUUUGCUAUUAAAGAAAUCAACGAGAAUCCAAGUCUUCUUCCAAAUAUUACUUUGGGAUAUAAGAUUUAUGAUUUAUGUGACACACAUGUGGCUGCAGUGCGAGCUGCUUUUUCAGUUCUUAAUGGAAUCAAAGAAGUCUCAAGUAUGAUGUGCUCUGGAGCCUCACCUGUGAAGGUCAUUAUUACAUCAUUUUCUGCUAUUGUGUCAAAUACACUGGAACCUUUUAAAAUCCCCUUGAUAAGUUAUGCCUCAACAUGUGCUUGCCUAAGCAACAGAAACAACUAUCCACAUUUUUUUCGAACUGUUCCGAGUGAUUAUUACCAGGUGAAAGCCAUCGUUCAGCUGGUAAAGCACUUUGGAUGGACCUGGGUUGGAGGAGUUUAUGAAGAUACUGGAUAUGGAAUAUUUGCAUUUGAACAGCUAAGUAAAGAAUUUAAAAAAACCGGAGUCUGUUUGGCCUACUGUGAAAUGAUUCCUAAAGUGUACAGCAGAAAAAGGAUUCUUGAAAUUUUAGACAUAAUGAAGAAGUCCUCUGCAAAGGUGGUCAUAUCAUUUGCUAAUCUAGGGCAGCUCUCCACCUUGCUGACAGACUAUGUAAAGCAGAAUAUCACAGGCAUUCAGUGGAUAGCCAGCGAAGCCUGGAUAACAGCUUCCGUGUUUUCAUCCAGAGAAUUCUACCCAUCACUAGGUGGUACAAUUGGAUUUGCCAUUCACAGGGGGGAGAUUCCUGGUUUAAAAGACUUCCUGCUUCAAGUUCAUCCAUCGUUGUACCCUGACAAUGCUCUAGUCAAGGACCUCUGGAGCACUAUAUUUGGAUGCACAUUUCAACCUUCAAACACCACUGACCAGUCUGUGAGACAGCUGCCUUUGUGUACUGGUGAAGAAUCUUUAGAAGAGAAGUACAGUGAAUACACAGAUGUAUCUAGUCUGAGAUUCUCUUAUAAUGUUUAUAAAGCAGUAUACGCUUUUGCUCAUUCGUUGCACAAUUUGUUAAACUGUGAGCCUGGCAAAGGACCAUUUGAUAAUUUCAAAUGUGCAGAUAUUUCAAACAUUGAACCUUUUCAGCUUCAGCAUUACAUUCAAGAAGUGUCAUUCACAAUGCUCGGAGAACAAAUCAACUUUGAUAACAAUGGAGACACACCUGCUUCCUAUGAUUUGAUAAACUGGCAGAGAGACACGGAUGGAACUAUUCGCUUUGUCACAGUGGGGCUUUACGAUGUAUCCAAAGGUGUGGGCAAAGAGCUUGUACCGAGUUCAGUGUGCACUGAAAGCUGCCCCCCUGGUACAAGGAAAGGGGUUCGUCGAGGAGAGCCUCUUUGUUGCUUUGACUGUCUACCAUGUGCUGAUGGCGAGAUUAGUAAUCAGACAGAUUCAAUAGAAUGCAUACAGUGCCCUAUGGAUUUCUGGUCGAAUGCUCAAAGAACUGAAUGCAUACCCAAAGAAAUUGAAUACCUUACAUAUGAUGAAAUGGGGGUCACAUUAACUGUGAUUGCCUUAUUUGGGGCCUGUCUUACAAUUGGUGUCCUUGCUGUGUUCCUUCAUUACAAAAACACUCCAAUAGUCCGUGUCAACAACUCUGAACUCAGCUUUUUCAUUCUGCUGUCUCUGGCACUGUGUUUCCUGUCUUCCAUUGCAUUCAUAGGUGAGCCAGCUAAUUGGUCUUGCAUGUUUAGGCACACUGUGUUUAGCAUCACUUUUUCACUGUGCAUAUCUUGUAUUCUUGGUAAAACAGUAGUGGUGCUGAUGGUCUUUAAAGCCACACAACCUGGCAGUAAUAUUAUGAAAUGGUUUGGACCCAUACAACAAAGAAUUAUGAUUUCCGCUUGCACUGCUGUUCAGAUUAUCUUCUGUGCUAUAUGGUUGAUUGUUAUACCCCCCUUCCCUUCAAAAAACACUAAAUAUCAAAGUUCAAAGAUUAUUUUGGAAUGUGAUGUUGGGUCUACCUUGGCAUUUUGGUGUGUAUUGGGCUACAUUGGGGUUUUGGCUUGUAUGUGCUUUGUCCUUGCAUUUUUAGCAAGGAAACUGCCAGGCAAUUUCAAUGAGGCCAAAUACAUUACAUUUAGUAUGCUCAUCUUUUGUGCUGUAUGGAUAGCCUUUAUACCCGCGUAUGUCAGUUCACCAGGAAAAUACACAGUUGCAGUUGAAAUAUUUGCUAUUCUUUCAUCGAGUUUUGGGCUACUUUUCUGCAUAUUUGCACCAAAAUGUUACAUCAUUUUACUGAAACCAGAGAAAAACACAAAACAAAACAUUAUGGGGAAGUAA